AUGCUCUACUCAUGCGGUCGCCGCGCGCUGCAGUUGGCAGUAUGGGGCUUGUCGAGCAUUGUCUUUGUGCAGAGUGUGAUUACGCCCUUCAUGGCACAGUCUUUCUUUUUUGAUUGGAACCCUGCUGGCCAAGCAUACCCAAUCCCCGUUACCGUUCAAUGCGGGAACAUACACAUCGUGUGGGGCCGGGGUACUGCAACGGGGCCCAACCCUGUGGGACCGUAUUACCUCCAGGUUUAUACAUCGUCAGUGAACGGACUCGUACCGCCUGAUGUUUUUUGCUUACUACGUGGCAAUUCUAGGAUAUAUCAAGUCCCGAUCAUCAUUCCUGUCGGCGACGUUCUGAUCUAUGAUUGGGCCGUUCCCUUUCCGCCAGGCACUCUUUUUGACAAAUACGGAAACACCGGAGGAUGUCAAGCUACGUACGCAGUCAUAGCUAAUACGACUGGAACGCCCUCGUGUGCCAAUGUCACGCUCCCCCACACUCUUUCUAUUGACGCUCAAGUAGACAAUGGUCCGAUAUCGCAGUACGGCUGGGUUGAUCAAUGCACAGAUAUUUCCAUUACUCCGAAAAAUGGGACUCCGCCGUAUACAGUCACCAUUGCUCCCUCUCUCCAUCCCCCGUCCAACAUCACCAUUGCCCAAGUAAAUAUAAGCCUCAACUGGACUGUUAAUUUAUCAUGGUCGUCGCCGUUCUUUUUGAGCGUCGUUGAUUCGGCCGGCAACAUGUGGGCCAAUGGACUCCUGCAUAGCGGCCAAGGAAAGACCUCUAGUUGUCUUGCUGGCAACGCUACCAUGAACGCUUCCGGACUGAAACCAGUCGUUGUUAUAGGUUCCGGUAUUGGCGGUUUGGCUCUUGGAUUGUUCGUUGGAAUAUUGUUGACCGCCCUGAUUGUCAAGAAGAAGUACAAGAAGGGUGACAACCCCGUGUAUCUGGCUGCGUCCCCCCCAGCUUCACCUCCUUUUUCGUCCUUCGGUCCCGCAACCACCCCCGGACUCACUUCCAACUAUACCCCUGUACCCUCAUCACCCUUCGGCGUUUUGCACAAUUCCAUGGGAAGCAGUAACCAAUCGUCUUUCGGCCAACCCGUCAGUCAAUUAGGUCGCUCGUCGCCAUACGCUGCUGAUCCCUUCACGACUGGAGAACAUGGUCGCCUCAACCCCGAACCUGCCUCUUUUCGUCGUCCAUUAUCCAGCAGCGGUGCCUACGCCGGUGGGCCCGCUGCGCCGCAAAACCAGGUUUACGUUGUCCACAAUGAUAGCCAAUCGCCACCCGUUACGAUCUACCACGAAGAUGGUGCGCAAAUUGUGGAGCUACCACCCAGGUACGCUGCGGGAGCUUCCACUAGCCGUGGGGACGGAGCCGACGCGCUCAGCGACGUUCGUAGUUUCAACGACGGUGGAAGUGAUGGAGGACGAACGGCCACCACGGACGCCACGACACUUCUUCAGGAGCAGAGUAGGGCAUACUACAUGACCAAAAGGCCAGCAAAUGGGAUUUAUUCGGGCGGUCCGAAUCGUUAG